AUUUGAACUGUUUUUGGUUAGUUUAGUUUCCACUGAGCUUGCUUUCUUCCAUGGCGAUGAUAAAUAAUUCUUCUUCUUCCUCACACACAAUUUCACUUUCCGAUUUUAUAAAAUUGAUUCUUCUCUUCUUCUUAAACCCAUGAAGAGUUCAUGAUUUCUUAAGCUCGCAGCAUAAUCGAUGGCGAAUUUGAGUUUGAGCUUGUAUCUAAUCCUCCGGAUUUACGCUCUUUUGUUGCUGUUCAAUGUCUCCUUCGCUAAAACACUUAAACGAGACAUGAAAGCUUUGAAUGAGAUAAAGAAAUUGGUGGGAUGGAGAUUGGUAUACUCUUGGGUUGGAGAUGAUCCUUGUGGCGAUGGAGUUUUGCCUCCGUGGUCUGGAGUUACUUGCUCUAAAGUUGGCGAUUAUCGUGUCGUCGUCAAGCUAGAAGUGUAUUCAAUGUCGAUAGUUGGGAAUUUCCCAAAGGCUAUAACGAAGCUCUUAGAUCUCACUGUUUUGGAUAUGCAUAAUAACAAAUUAACAGGUCCUAUUCCUCCAGAAAUUGGGCGGCUUAAGCGGCUUAUCACACUGAAUUUGAGGUGGAACAAACUUCAACAGGCACUGCCUCCUGAAAUUGGUGGAUUGAAGAGUCUAACUUAUCUGUACCUGAGUUUUAACAAUUUCAAAGGAGAAAUCCCCAAAGAACUUGCAAAUCUCCAUGAGCUCCAGUACUUACAUAUUCAGGAGAAUCAUUUUACUGGGCGAAUUCCAGCAGAGCUGGGAACAUUACAAAAACUUCGCCACUUGGAUGCUGGCAACAAUAACUUAGUGGGGAGUAUAAGCGAUCUUUUUCGCAUUGAAGGAUGCUUUCCAGCUCUUAGAAACCUGUUUUUAAACAAUAAUUACUUGACUGGAGGACUCCCAAACAAGCUUGCAAAUCUAACAAACCUGGAGAUCUUGUACUUAUCUUUCAACAAAAUGACUGGAGCAAUACCCGCUGCACUUGCCAGUAUACCAAGACUAACUAACUUGCACUUGGACCACAAUCUAUUCAAUGGAAGUAUACCUGAAGCCUUCUACAAGCAUCCAAACCUAAAAGAUAUGUAUGUUCAUAAGCUCUCUAAGGUCUCAUUGUGUAAGACGAUAUAUAACACACAUGUUCUAAUUUAAUUCUUGAUGGGAUGUAUCAUGUAUGUGGCAGGUACAUAGAAGGGAAUGCUUUCAAAUCAGACGUGAAGGCGAUUGGUGCACAUAAGGUCCUCGAACUUUCUGACACAGACUUCCUUGUUUAGUUAUGUAUAGCACAACUUUGUUUCAUUUACAGAUAGGAAUUUGGCAGUGUUAACUGGUUAUUUAAGAUUCAUUUUCUCUGUUAAAGCGAGAUUGUAGUUGAUGUGUUUUCUGAAUGUAAAAGAUUCCUUAUCCAUGUAUGAAAAUUGAAUAUAAAAGGAAUCUGGUUUGUUCUUUUCACUGUCGUUUUGAGAAAGCAAAGAACCAAAAAGCUGAAGAGGGAGAAGAAUAGAAAAAGUG